AUGUUAAAUGAAGGAAUGGCAGCGUCUGAAGUCACGAGUCCAACAGCCAUCCAAGAUGAUUUAAAGGAUGAAAGCUUGGAGGCUACUGUAUCUCUGGAUAAACUCAUAAUGGGAGGUGCACCAAAGUCAUCGGGAUCAGUGUCUACUAGUGAUGAUCAUGUGCCUGCCACAACUUACGUUACAAUCCAUCUCCCGGACGGAACCCAAGGAUCAACUCUGAGUCAACAAAAAUUGCAGGAACUUAUCAUGCACUUGUCCCAGUCUGGUCAGAUUCAACUACGAGAAGAUAGCAAGAUUGUGAUAGAUCUUAAAUUCAGCGGUAAGUCGGGUGACCAAGGGGUUCAAACAAAAUUGGAAAAUUCUUCGCUCCAACACUCUGCCGUAUCUAGUGGUACGGCAUCCCAAAUACAAACCAUAGCUUCCAGCAUCCCUCAUCGUGUUUUACAGGUUGGCAGCUCGGGUUCCGAUGGAGUUCAAAUUGUACGCACUAUACCUUCUUUCGUUAGUUCUACCACUCAAAUAAUUUCAUUUCCCACCGUCGCAACACAACAACCAGUCGCAGCCCAGUCAAGCAAUCCUAGACAACAAAUCCAGCAACAACCUACUUACAUUCUAGUCCCAGCAGCUCAGCUAGCAGGUGGUGGAGAGAAUCAGGUGUUUGCAAGCACACCUAUACGUGCUGUUACAGCAGGACACACAAUGCUUCGCACUUCUGGAAUAGGUAUUAAUAAUCAAAAUGUUAACACAAGCAGUGUUAAUUUAGGUUCAACUGAUCGAAGUAUUAUUCUAGUACAACAACCAGUUGCUGGGACUAGUAUUCACGUUGGUUCUACAGGUACAAUCGUUCCUGGUUCAAGUAGUGGUAGUGGUACCACUUUAGUUCCUUUACGACAAUUAGGCGUAUCUGCUUGUGGCGGCAAUGGAUUGGUGUCUAGUGCAGGUUCUACUCGUCUUAUUGGGUCAAAUGUUGGUAUUGAGCUGUUUUCGAGUACAGUUGGAUCACGAUCGUCCCAAGGUCAAGGAGGUUCAAUGGGAUUGGUAACAAUUUCAGCGAAUGCAGGUGUAUCUGGGUCCUCAUCCUCCGGAACUCCCCAGCGUGAGUCAACUUGGCAGCAAUAUGUCAAACAGUUCACGAAACUGGGUCCCUGUCCAAUCUGUGGGGAUAAAAUCUCUGGUUAUCAUUAUGGGAUAUUUUGUUGUGAAUCCUGCAAAGGCUUCUUCAAACGGACUGUUCAAAAUGCUAAAAGAUAUGCCUGUCAUCGCCCUAAUGCUUCUUCUCGAUGUGAAAUAAAUGUAGCUUCACGCAAGAAAUGUCCAGCUUGUCGCUUUCUAAAAUGUGUAGAUAAAGGGAUGCGUAUUGAAGCUAUUCGUUCGGAUCGUACACGUGGUGGACGUAGCAUGUAUCCUGGUUCACGUUAUCUGCGUCAGAUUGCAGCACGGGUUAGUGGGACUCACUCUGCUCCUGGUCUGGGCCUCUCUAAUUCAGCUAUGGAAUUUUCAACUUCAGAUCUCGAUGGGAGUAUGCUACGUGGAUUGACGGAUCAAAGUAUUAUGUCAGAUGAUGCGGAUCAACUUUCUUGCUCUGUUGUCGGACUUGCUGCGCAUACUUUAGGCCCUGAUGGUUUGCCAGCUUCAGAAGACGCGGGUGGUGGUGUUUAUCUGGAUCCUGGUGUUCUCGGUACUCAUGAUAAUGAUGAUGAAGAAAUAGAUUCUGGUAGUCUACGUGUUGAACCAAACAUUUUAGAAUGUGGAAGUGGAAUUGUCGGUGGUACUAAUUUCUCAACAAAUGUUUCGCCGUAUUUAGGUAGACAGGUAAUUAUCGGUGGUUCAAACGAGUCGAUUCCACGUACUAGAGAACAACUCCCAAAGAUUAUUCGGGAUAUUCUCCUUGUGGAGGAGACCAUAGAAGCGGAACCCGAAGAUUCACUAGAAAUCGAUGCUGCGGUUGCAUCAGAAACUGCAGCACCUGAGGGGGUUUCAGAUGACGAGGCAGCUGUGUACCGCGCACUGUUGAAUUUGGCAGACCAACGUUUAUAUCGAACAGUACGUUGGUCUCGAGCACUUCCAGACUUUUCUAUACUCGACACAGAUGAUCAAAUACUUUUAAUACAAAACUGUUGGGCAGACUUACUGUGUCUUGAUUGUUGCUGGCGCUCUUUGCCCACUCCUUCGGAAAUUCGUCUCACCUCAAGUAAAUGUAUCAAUCUUGAAGCUGCACGUGAAAUGGGUGCUGAAGAAAUAGUUGAGAGAAUUUUACAACUCACUCAAUCUUUAACAAGAUUACAACUGGAUAUUGUGGAAUAUGCAUGUUUAAAGGUCAUUGUGCUCAUGCAACCAGAUUUGAAUAAUUUAAAAGCAAGUUCUCAAGUUCGAUCCUAUCAAGAAUCUGUUCGACGAUUACUAAUGGAUUAUGUCACCAAGUCGUCACCUGAUAUAAAUGAUAAGUUUAACAAAUUGAUCAAUCGAAUUCCUGAACUACGCAAAACAAGUCAGGCUGCUCGUUUGAUGCUUGUUGAUUUGGAUCUAUCUUCUUAUUUAUCAACUAAUUCUCUUCUAAUGGAACUUUUACGCAGUGAUAUUCAACGAUAUACACCAAAUAAUGGAUCACACAAUUCGACAGAAUCUACAACAACAGUAUCAAUGCAAGGUUCUACCAAUUCCGGUAUAAAAACUGUCUCAGUCACUUUAGGGGCUGACACUGCAGAAAAUCAAGGGGAGAAUACUACAGUUACAAUGGUCCCAUCAUCAGGCGUUACUGAUUUAUUAUCAUUACCUAAUCAUACUACAAUUACAACAGUAACAGAGAGUAGACUAGAUGAAACGAUCACCAGUAAUAGUAAUACUUCACUGACUACUUCUGAAGUUGAUGUUAUUUCUAAAUAG